UUGAAGGCCCUCAUGUACUGCGUGUCAUCUUUUUUUUCUUUCUUUAAAAUUCCCUGUUCUCAGCUUCUCCCUAGACUCGUACGAUCACUACCUCAGUCACAUCAUCCCCUGUUUAUAUUCAAAAUAUCAGCAACUGGCGUUGUCGACUUUUUCGAGGUGUUGUUCAACUCCUCUUUUUUCCAUCAUAUGUUUAUGGACAGAACCCACCAAAAACCCUAACCAUGGGUGAAAGGAAGCCCGCCUUCUUUAAGGUCUUGACCCACGACUUUGCCACUCACCUGAGGUUGCCCCCUUUAUUUAUCUACAAGUUUAGGAAGCAGUUGCCGAAAUCUCCGGUUUUGACGGUAGGAACUGAGGAAGAGUGGCGUGUAAAGAUGGAGGAGGUUGCGGAGGCCCAGUGUUUCACCAAAGGCUGGUCCAAAUUUGUGAAGGACCUGCAUUUGGAUCUCCACAAUUUUCUGGUCUUUUGGUUUGAGUCCCCGUCCAAAUUCUUGGUUGAAGUUUAUAAUGAAGAUGGCUCUGCUAAGAUUCUCGAUAAUCUUCUUACUAAAGGUAAAGUUUCCCCAAAGAAGGCACAUGUGCGUGAAAGUGAUGUAGUGCCAUUAUCAUCAGAUGAUUCAGACCUACAUGUUAGGAAGAGGAAAGCGGCAUCGUUUUCUAUCGAAAUGAAACGUUUCAACAAAUACAAAGUGGUAGGCAAAAUUAGUUUGUUUUCCUUUUUUGGCUUAAAACCUAUUCGGUAGGGUUAUCUCCUCAAUUUUCUAACAAGAAGAGUGUUCCAUAUAAUCCACUUCAGCUGAAUAAGAGUGUAAGAAACACUUGUUCACUGCGUAUUCGGAUUGUUAUACUGAUAAGUGCAGCGAUAUAAGGCUACUGUACGGGCUUUAAAUAUAUUCUUGAUUUGCCUGGAAUUUUUCGAGUCUGGUGGGUAUUAAUCGAUAUAAGUGAAUGAAUAUUUGGAUCAGAGAAUUCCAACACCUUUCAUGAGAGAGACUAGAAUGACGGGACGCAAGUGCUUGGUACUGAAGGAUCCACAUAAAAGGGAAUGGCCGGUGUUGUUAUCUUGCCAUCGCAAGGAGAGAACUGAUAUGGCAAUGGGGUGGAGUGACUUCAGGACCCAAAAUGGCCUACUUAAUGGGGACACUUGCACCUUCCACUACCCUGCUGAUGGAAGUGAAGGAGAAGAAAAACAUGGUGGUGGCUGGUUGCUCCAAGUUGAGGUGACAAGAGCAGGUUUUAGGCCAUAGCUAAUGUUGAGUAGAUAUCCAUCACAAUGUAUAUGAUCUGACCGGCCUGCCAAAAUGCUUUUUCCUUUUGUUGUUGGCCAUUAACAUAUACAGUAGCACAGAUGCUCUGAGUAAGUAAUAAUCUUAGUUUGACAUCAACUUUGAGA